CAGAAAAUGUGAAAGCGGCUUCACUAGAAUCGCUGGCGCUGUCGCUCAAAGCGCCGGGCGUUUUCGGAAAAUCAAUUCUUGUAUCAACCGCUUCUUCAUCAGCGAUAGCGUGGGCGUGUGAGUGUUGGCGCCCUGAAAUGUCAACAACGAAGAAAAAAAUUCGACAUUUCUCAAAUAAAAUACGCUAAUACCGGAUAGUAUGUGAUUUUUCUACUAUGAAAUACAGAAAACCCACGAAAUCGAGCCUAUUCUUACGAUGGUCGUAUUCGGUGCCCUUGUUGUCAUAUCUGGCGUUCUUCCUUUUAAUAUGGACUUUAUCGUUGCCUCUGAGUCCUUUCACGAGGAGAAGUACGAUAAUUUUGAAUAGUCAGUGGAAUAAACCGGAGGAUUCAUUCGAGAUAAGAAUGAAAAACAGCAAUUUCAAUUCGGACAAGGUUAUCUCAGACAAUGAAGUAACAGAAGAGUCGAAAAAUGAGUAUUUGGUCAAUACGAACAACAAGGAGAAUGUCAACAAGAACCAGAAUGAAAUUCUGCAGGAUGUCUUCAGCAGAGCUGAUAAGAAUAUGGACCGAAAAUUAGAUUCCAAUGAACUGUCCUUAUGGAUAAGGAAAAAAAUCAUGGAACACAUAUCUUUAGCCGUCAGCAACAAUUUCAAUUUAUUUUCUCAGAUAGAUGUCGAUCCGAAAAACGGCGUGGUAACGUGGAAAGAGUAUCACAGUUAUUUUCUGAAGAAGAGAGGUUUUAGCAGUAAAUAUGUGAAAAAACAUGACGAGAAAAGACAUAAGGGUUUGCUGAGAUCUGUGAAAGAACAAAUUUUGAGGGACAAAGCCUACUGGAUGGAAGCGGCAAGGUCCAAUCCAGACGCUUUGACCGUGGACGAAUUUUUGGCGUUCACCCAUCCAGAAUCUAGCGCUGCCAAUCAGUUGGCAUUGGUGGACGAACUGUACGAUAAAUUCGAUAGAAAUGGCGAUGACUUUUUGACUGAGGAAGAAUUUGCUGUUCUUCAAGCGGAAGGCAAUGAUGAAACAAUGGUCAUCCGACAGGACGAACACGAGCGAAGGGCUGAAUUUCGAAAAGCCAUAGACCUGAACGGGGACGGCAAAGCAGACAGGAGAGAACUCCUCCACUACGUAGCUCCCCAAAGUCCCAGGCACAGCGAGCACGAGGCUGAAGCCUUAUUGGCCCUUGCUGAUGUCGACAAAGACAAUAUGCUCUCCCUCAACGAGAUGCUUGCCCAUCCAGACCUCUUCCUUAAAUCCAAAAUGGUGGACACGGCCAGGAGUUUCCACGAUGAAUUCUGAACUGUACUGGUCGGGUAGAUUUUGGAUGCGAUGCACAACGAUUUCGAAAAAUACUGGGACGUUGAGCUACAGUUGAAAUGUUGUAAAAUUUCUCUGCUUGAAAACUGGUGCGAAAAUGUUGAUAGGAAAAACACAGACAGUUGAUUGAAUUAAUAUACCUAAUAUUUUCCAAUUACCUAUUGUUAAUGUCAAUUUACAAAGACUGUAGUAUUUGUUUAUGUAAAAAAGCAGUGGAAAUUAAUAAAGAUUAU